AUGUUGGGAUUAAAUAAGGUGGCACUCCUGCUGUGUGUCCUGGCUUCAGUGGCUCUGGGCCAAGGCCCUGUGAGGAGCAGGAGUCAGUCAGACCGGAGCAGGAGAGUGGCCCUCAACUUGUUCACUGACACACAGACAACAGGCGUGACGGAGUGGACGUCUUGGUUCAACAUCGACCAUCCUGGAGGGAAUGGAGACUAUGAGCGCCUGGAGGCGAUCCGUUUCUAUUACAGGGAGAGGGUCUGUGCUCGGCCCACGGCCAUGGAGGCUCGCACUACAGACUGGGUGGCAGCGGCAGACACCGGAGAAGUGGUCCACUCCAGUCUGGAGAAGGGCUUCUGGUGCAUCAACAGGGAACAGCCCCAGGGCCGCAUCUGCUCCAACUACCAUGUCCGCUUUCAGUGUCCCCCAGUGCAGAGCUACUGGACUGACUGGAGUGAGUGGGGCCCCUGUUCAACCACAGUUUGUGACGACGUGGGCAUUCAAGUCCGCCAAAGGAAAUGUGUGAACACCCAGCCCAUGCCUCUCCUGUUGGUGCCAGCAUGCCAGGGUCACCACUCAGAAAGGAGGGAGUGCUCCAACCCUCCAUGUACAGCCAAGUGGGGUCCAUGGGGUCGGUGGGGAACUUGUUCAGUGACCUGUGGUGGAGGCCGCAGGAUUAGGAGGAGGACCUGUGUGAGGAGCUCAGUGACAGUUCAGUGUAACGGACGGCCUGUUGAAGUACAGAAGUGUGGAAAGAGUCCAUGCCCAGCCAAAUGUCAGCUCGUGUGCACAGAGGGCCGUCCCAAUGAGGAGUGCAACCAGUGUACGUGUGACGACCACGUGAUGCACGGAGAAGUCCACAGUGUGACUGGUGUCCCUGUGGCAGGAGCCUGGGUGGCGCUGGCCAGCCACCCCAAGGUGAUCCGUGCCCGUACAGAUGCCAAAGGUCAGUUCAGGCUCACAGGCAUCUGCUCCUCCAGCUCGACCUUGAUCUCCAUCAGGAAGGAGAAGUUUGCCCCCAUCACUGUCUCCUCUUCCAGCAACACCACAGGGUUGUCCUGGGUACGGGCUGUCCUUAAAUCAGCCGAGAAGCCGUACAUUGUGAAGCACCCUGAGGACAAAGUGCGUUUUGAGGGAGGACGAGUGAUGUUGUGCUGCAAGGCAACGGGAUCACCAACACCUGACAAAUACUACUGGUACCACAAUGGGACCCUGCUGGACAGGAGAGUGUACAAGUAUGAAGAGGACCUUGUACUGUGGGAUCUAAAGCCAGAGCAGACAGGGGAGUACUACUGCAAAACUAGCAGCCCUGCAGGCAGCAUCAAGUCCUCUCCAGCCCUUCUCACUGUGAUUGCAAAAGGAAAGCCAGCAUGCAACCCCACCCCUGAGACGCACCUCAUCAGACUGCCGAUAGACUGUGUUCAACCAGGGACUGACUCAAUGCACUACAACGCUGGCCGUUGUCCUCACAACAAAUGUGCUGGCUCACUAGACUUUGAUAUGCGCUGCAGAGAUGGAGCUGGGUUCUGCUGUGGGGUCAAAACUAUGGAAAGUCGGAUCAUUGACUGCGGGAGCUAUAGCCUCCCUAUCAAGGCUGUGUCAGAAUGCAGCUGUCAGAAGUGUGUGCAGCCCACUGUGCUGGUUCGUGGCAGAGUGGUCACAGCUGACAAUGGUGAGCCUCUGCGUUUUGGGCACAUGUACAUUGGUAAAGAGAGGGUGGGCACCACUGGAUACCAAGGAGGUUUCACAUUGCAAAUUACUCCUGAUACUCAGAGAUUAGUGGUAAAUUUUGUUGACCCCACUGAGAAGUUUCUUGACACUCCUAAGGUGUUCAUCCUUGAUAAGAAAGGUGGGUCCAUCUACCACGAUGUGAAGGUAAUGAGGAAGCAGACACCCAUUGAUAUCAAUGCUGGAGAGACCAACUCUAUUAACCUAGGGGAAAUUGAAGGGGAAGACCCCAUUGGUCAGUUGGUUAUUCCACCCAACUCCUUCCACAAGGACAAUGGAGAAGUCUAUGAGGGCACUGUGAAAGCAAGCGUCACAUUCAUUGACCCAAGAAAUAUCACCACUGCAGCUGCGGCCCCUGGGGAUCUCAACUUUGUUGAUGAUGAGGGUGACAUGCUCCCUUUGAGAACCUAUGGCAUGUUCUCUGUAGACUUCAGAGAUGAGACCAACAAGGAGAUGCUCGGAGCUGGAGCUGUUCAACUCCUCCUCGACACGCAGCACGUCAAAAUGCAAGAGCACAUUCCCAAAAUGAAACUGUGGUCUUUAAAUCCAGACACAGGAGUCUGGGAAGAGGAGAGUGGCUUCUCCUACACCACAACAACUACUAGUGGUCAUGGGCGAAGCAAACGAGAGGAGCGCACAUUCCUCAUAGGCAACAUGGAAAUCAGAGAACGAAGGCUCUUCAAUUUAGAUGUGCCUGAAAACAGACGCUGCUACGUCAAAGUCCGUGCCUACAUGAGUGACAAAUUCCUACCUAGUGAACAGCUGGAGGGUGUUGUGAUCAGCUUGAUAAACCUAGAACCCAAACCUGGUUAUUCUUCUAAUCCAAGGGCAUGGGGGCGUUUUGACAGCGUCAUCACUGGACCCAACGGAGCCUGUUUACCAGCUUUCUGUGAUGCCCAAAGGGCCGAUGCUUACACAGCUUAUGUCACAGCAAUGAUGGGUGGGGAAGAACUGGAGGCAGCUCCCUCUUCCCCUAAGAUGAAUCCAAAUAUCAUUGGAGUAUCUCAGCCAUAUCUGGAUAAAAUAGACUACCAGCGCUCAGAUCACGAAGAUCCAGCUUUGAAGAAAACAGCCUUCAGAAUCAACUUGGCAAAGCCUAAUCAAAAUAAUCUUGAUGAGACCAAUGGGCCAAUAUAUCCCUAUCAGAAUUUGAUAGGUUGUGAGAACGCCCCUUUUGAUGCAAACCAUUUCAGAUUCUUCAGAGUGGAAAAGGACAAGUAUGAAUACAAUGUUGUUCCCUUUGAGGAGAAUGAUUUGACAACCUGGACAGGAGAUUACCUUUCCUGGUGGCCUAAUCCCCAGGAGUUUAGAGCAUGCUUCAUUAAGGUCAAGAUCCAUGGACAGAAGGAAGUGAUGGUCAGGUCGAGGAAUCUGGGAGGAACACACCGGGAAACGAAAGGCAAACUUUAUGGCAUAAGAGACAUUCGCAGCACCCGGGACAUGCGAGAGGCCAACACUUCAGCAGCCUGUGUAGAGUUCAAAUGUAGCGGCAUGUUGUUUGAUCAAGCUGAGGUUGACAGAUCCAUCAUAUCAGUCCUUCCACAGGGAAACUGUCGCCGGACUGGCACCAACAGCCUCCUGCAAGAGUAUCUCAUCAAACAUCCACCAGUCGCUCACAACAAUGAGUCCCAUGGAUUCACCAUGCUAGCCCCUGUUGAUCCUUUGGGACACAACUAUGGCAUCUACACAGUCACAGACCAGAACCCCAGGGUGGCCAAGGAGAUCGCUAUAGGCCGCUGCUUUGACGGCACCUCAGAUGGUUUCUCCAGGGAGAUGAAGUCAGACUCUGGGGUGGCGUUGACCUUCAGUUGUCCAGAGAGGAAAAUUAGCAGAGAAAGCCUUUUCCAACGUCUGCAGACCAACCCGGGUCAGACUUUGUCUCAGAUGGCAAGGGACAUGAGGGAGUCGGAGGGUCUGCAGGUGCAAAGAUUACCCUCUCAGAUUGUGGCUUAUCCUUCAGAGCAGCGGGGCAGGACCCAGAGUCGCAGAGUCACCUCUACAACCAGGAGGAGAGUGUCCAUGCGCACACAGCAACGCCAAUAG